AUGUGGUCAAAGAAAAUGCUGGAUGUGAGUGCGAAUGUAAGUGGUUCUCUAUGCGGUUUCUUUUUCGUCGCAUCUCUCUUUCUCUUCAUGAUCUCAAUCUCGACGAUGAUGCAGCCGAAUAAUGAAAAUGAUAGGUGUGACCUUUAUUUCGAGACUCCGUCCGACCUCUCGCAUGAUACUGCUCCUAAGACGUCUCAUUUUUAUAGUUUACCAACUCGAAUGAGAUCAUGGCUCAUUCUUGACCGAAGUCUGUCCUUCAACUUUCUUGGACGGACGCAGCAAGUGCUUGUUUUUUUUCGUCGCAGUCACUCAGAUCUAUCAUCUCGCGACCCCCUCGUGCUCCGAAGCGGCAUCGGUUUGGCACUCAAGACCCACACGCAAGAUCAGUAUCUUUUUAGCACUCGAGAUCCAUGUCCAACAACGCGAGCGUAG